AUCCUAAAGUACUCCCUGAAAAUGACCUGCUUGUUAAUAUUCAUCUCAGUGAUUGUUUCCCAGGGAACCUGAUGUGGAAGAGAGAAGCUGUGCACCAACUUUGCGUCUCACCUGGAUAGAGAACUGUCAUAACUUCAAGGGAGCAGAGGAACCAACAUCCAAGCAGAAUAGUGAUGGGACCUACACCUUGGAAAGCUUGCAUUUGGUGAAUGUGUUGGGGCAGGAGUCUGAGCGGGUCCUCAACUAUAAGGUGCAGCAUGAGGCACAACCUCCCAUCCAGGCCAACUUCAUGCUGUCUGCAGCAGCUCAUGGCACACACAAGCCCAUUGGAAGCUCAGAGAGUGUGAUCCUCAGGCCUCCACAAUGUCAGCCCCUGCCUCCAGGCCCUGCCUUCCUUAUCUGCUGCUGGCUCUGCUGUUGGGACUCACAGGUGUGGCAGGUGAGCCGGAGCUGCAGGUGAUCCAGCCUGAGAAGUCAGUGUCUGUCGCAGCUGGACAGACAGCUACUCUGCGCUGCACCCUGACCUCCCUGCUCCCCAGUGGGCCGGUUGAGUGGUUCAGGGGAACAGGGCCAGCCAGGGAGUUAAUCUUCGGUUUCAGAGGGGGCCACUACCCGCGAGUGACAAAUGUUGCAGACAUCACAAAGAGAAACACCACGGACUUUUCCAUCCGCAUCAGUAACGUCACCCCAGCAGACAGCGGAACCUACUACUGUGUGAAGUUCCAGAGAGGGACCCCUGAUGUGGAGUUUAAGUCUGGACCAGGCACCCAACUCAUAGUGAGCGCCAAACCCUCUCCCCCCGUGGUGUCGGGUCCCACGGCCAGGGCCUUGCCAGAGCAGACCAUCAACUUCACCUGCAAGUCCCACGGCUUCUCCCCCAAAAACAUCACCCUGAGAUGGUUCAAAAACGGGAAUGAGCUGGCAGCCCUCCAGACCACCGUGGACCCAGAGGGAAACAGCACUUCUUACAGCAUCUCCAGCACAACCAGGCUGGUGCUGGCCCCGGGGGAUGUUCGCUCCCAAGUCAUCUGCGAGGUGACCCACGUGACCCUGCAGGGGGGCCCUCCUCUUCGUGGGACUGCCAACUUGUCUGAGGUCCUCCGAGUUCCACCCAUCUUGGUGGUUUCCCAGCAAUGCAUUGCAGAGAACCAGGUGAAGGUCACGUGCCAAGCAAUGAAGUUCUACCCCCAGCGCCUACAGCUGACCUGGUUGGAGAACGGAAACGUGUCCCGAACAGAAACGACCUCAAGCAUCACAGAGAACAAGGAUGGGAUCUUUAACUGGAUUAGCUGGCUUCUGGUGAAUUUAUCUGCCCUCACAGAGGAGAUGGUGCUCACCUGCAAGGUGAAGCAUGAUGGCCAGUGGGUGGUCACCAAAAGCCAUAUACUGGAGACCUCUGCCCACCAAAAAGGCCAGUGUACAGAUGGAAACUCUGACCCAGAGCUGUCUACGCUACUCCUGGUAGCUGUCACUCUGGGCCCAAAGCUGCUGCUGCUCAUCACUGUCUCUGCCAUCUAUGCCCACAGAAAGAGAAGAUCUGACUCACCUACCUUCCUCCCCUGCUACAUGCCACCCUCAGUGUCUGCUGCCUCCUUCCUUCCCUGAGGGAUCCAGCCUAAGAGAAGGAACAACUAGAAGCUUCCACAACAACCCUGCUCCAAAUGCCUUGCUUCCCCCAGAGACCCAGCUGCCCACACCUCCUGCUGCUCCUUCUCAGAGUCUUUGAUGCUCCCAGAGCUGGGUCUUCAUAUCAGAUCCUCAGCAGGGACCAUGGGAACUUGCUCUGGGGACUGAUGCAGAGACUUGUGAGAAACAAGUCACAUCUACACAGACCAGG